CGCGUUGACCUUACAUUACCACUUUUUGAAACAUACUGUUCCUGACUCCUACUCUGACUUCUCUGACUUUCUUGAUUUUUACUCUCUACUCUGCUGCUCUACUCUACUAUACUUCUUCUACUGCUCUACUCUACUCCUUCUACUGCCGAUCCUACAUGUCGUUAUAACAGAAAAUGCUGCCCUCGGCCUCAUCGAACUCGUCGCAGUCCUCUUUCGACAGCCCCAUCAGCCAGUAUCCGCCUCAGCAACAUGCCUGGUUCCCGGCUCCCGUCCCGUCCAUGCCACGCCGCAGAGAGCUGCCCAAAUUCCCACGCUUCUACUCAACGCCGCUAGACCAAGACCACCCCGACUCAACACCGCUGAAUAUCUACGGCCUCGAAGAACGCGAGCCCUCGAUUGCCGAACGGCCUCGCCGCUUCCUCCGCUUCUCCCGCGCCCUCGACGAUAUCAAAGAAGAUUUCACCUCGCAACCGAACCCGCGUAACACCGCCGAGGCCAUCCGCGCCCGCCGUCAGUCUACGUUCUCGUCCUUCUUUUUCGACAACAAUUCAAACCCUACACUGAGCAGCGUCGGUCCAGCGUCCGCUUCGGCAAGCGUUUUCCAUUCGUCGGGCGCUAGCGUUGCGUCGGGAGCCGGCUCGAUCAGCCCGGAUAGUGACAGUGCUAGCUCUGCAGGUGCUCGGCCGUUUCCGCCGCCGCCGCCAAUCCCCGAGAGCUCGACACAGCGUCCGACCCUAGGGAGGCGGCUAAGCCGCCGGCUUUCGCGCCUGAGCUUUUCUCAACGCAGGGCCAGCUACCGCGCUGGGAGUGCCAGCAUCUCCCAGCCAAAUCUGAUCGGGAGCAGUAACCAGCUCUAG